AAUAAUAAUCUGUGUUAUCACUGUAACGAACACAUUGAGUACUCCUAUUGUAAUAAUGUUCUUUAUUAUGUUAUUAUCGUUAUUACUUUAAAUUGAAUUUAUUAUGAUUUCCUCGUUGCCACUGUUUGUCGUUUAAAAUAUUCAGAUGGCUAUGAAAACUGAAAUGUUGAAACACUCAAAACUAACCAACCGUCCUAGGCCUUGUAUAGUUUAUUUAAUUAAACCAAUCAAAGCAUAAUACAUUUCUGCUGUACGAAUAAUAUACGUAAUACGAAAAUGAUUCAAAGUUUUUCAGUAUCAUGUCCACAAAAAUCAGACAAAUCAUAUUUAUUUCAAAUCAAAGUUAGCUGGCUUUCAUUAGUUACUUUAAUGAGUGUAUUGACUACUUUUGUGUUUUGUGUAUUAUGGACCAUAUUUUUCAAUUUAGAAGAUGCUACAUCAACUCACUGUGGCUAUCGAGUCAAAAAUUACUUGCCAACAAUCUCGACCGCUGUGGGUAACUAUCCAGUACAGCGAUUUAUUUGGACAUCAGUAAUAAUUGCUCAUACUCCAAUAAGGCUUAUUGUAAUUGGGAUUUAUUAUCAAUACUACACUAAUAUUAUUAAACCAUCACUCUAUUGGUGUGUAGUAUUAUUACGAUUUUUAAGUACUGCUGAAAUAUGCUCUUUAAUUGUAUUAUCAAUAUUUACUUCUUCAAAUUACUAUAGUAUUCAUGAAAAAAGCUUUGGUUGUUUUAUUUGUUCUUCUGAACUUAAUAUGCUUAUUUCUUCUAUUUUGUUGAAAGAAGGACGCAUGACUAAAACAGUAAUGACCAAAUUAGAAGUACACUCAUUAAAGUGCAAAAUAUAUUGUACCAUAUUUAAUAUGAUUAGUUUUACAAUUGCUGGUUACUGCUUUUUGCGACAUAAUGCAUACUGUGAAUCUGGUGUGUAUUCAGUUUUUGCUCUAUUUGAGUAUUUUAUUGUAUUGAGUAAUAUGGCGUUCCAUCUAACUGCAGUUUGGGAUCUUGCCAGUAUAUCAUUAGUUGUGGACGAUAAUUUAAAUCUUAAAUACCGAUGACUGAUAUUUAAGUAUUAUCCAUCAUGAUUCAAACAUUGCUUACAUUAAUUUUUAUUAUAUUGCUGAGUCAUGUUGUUGGAAUAUUCAGUGACUGGGUGAUUCCAUUCAAUCACUAUGUAGUGUAUUUAGUCAUAGAAAAUGAUCAUUAAUGAAAAAAGUUGCAGUCAUUUUUCUAUGUAUGCCUUGGUGCUACUAUCUUUGAAAAUAAGUGAUAUUAACAGUACAUAGUGACUGAGAAUAAUUAAUUGGUUAACAAAUACUCCUAUUGCAUGUUUUAAUAAUAAAAUUAAAGGUAAUUAA